AAUCACUUUUCGAGGUUACUAUUAAGAGCUCAGGUUGGAGAAUAAGUUUUCACAGUUCUGUUCCAGAGCCGAGAGAGUAAGAGAGGUUCGGCAAACGUAAAGAGACGAGAAAUACUGAAGACUAAAAAGGCAGUUGAAUGUAUAGCAUGAUGGAAACAGAGAUAAAAAGCCCACUGCCGCAGCCCAAUUCGGGGCCGGGGGGUAACAGCGGUAAAGGGAACGGUGCCAGCGACCAGGAUCGGGUGAAACGGCCCAUGAACGCUUUUAUGGUCUGGUCCCGCGGACAACGAAGAAAGAUGGCACAGGAGAAUCCUAAAAUGCACAAUUCGGAGAUCAGCAAGCGUCUGGGUGCUGACUGGAAACUUUUGACCGACGCAGAGAAGCGACCAUUCAUCGACGAGGCCAAGCGACUUCGGGCGAUGCACAUGAAGGAGCAUCCGGAUUAUAAAUACCGACCCCGCAGAAAAACCAAGACCCUGCUUAAGAAAGACAAAUACUCAUUGCCAGGAGGACUUCUGGCGCCAGGUACCAAUGCCGUUAACAAUUCUGUCUCAGUCGGACAGAGGAUGGACAGUUACGCGCACAUGAAUGGAUGGAGCAAUAGCGCCUAUUCCCUCAUGCAGGACCAACUUGGCUACACGCAGCACCCUAGUAUGAACAGUCCACAGAUUCAGCAGAUGCACCGGUACGAGAUGGCAGGGCUGCAAUACCCCAUGAUGUCCAGCGCUCAGACCUACAUGAACGCAGCUUCAACUUACAGCAUGUCGCCGGCGUACACACCGCAGACAACCAGCGCUAUGGGCUUGAGUUCUAUGGCUUCGGUGUGCAAGAGUGAACCAAGUUCACCCCCGCCGGCAAUCACGUCUCAUUCUCAAAGAGCCUGCUUGGGAGACCUGCGGGAUAUGAUAAGCAUGUACCUUCCUCCCGGGGGAGACGGAUCGGAUCACUCUUCGCUUCAGACCAGUCGGUUACACAGCGUUCAUCAGCACUAUCAAAGCACCGGCACUGGAGUGAAUGGAACGCUACCGCUCACUCACAUUUGAACAGACUGAACCUUGAAGUGCGUCGCAAACUUGAACGUUUUGAUCUCUGAAUUUAGAAUUGAAUUCCGAGGUUUUGUGUAUUGCUUUGUUUUUCCAAAAGAAAAACAAAUGCCCAUCUCACAUGAAAUCCCUUUAAUCUCCGUAAGGGAACGUCCUGGAAUGCGUGCCAGUACUGAGCCCAAAUGAGUAAUUCGUAUUUCAGAGAUUUUUAUUUCGCGUCUUCUCUAGAAGAAGAAUGGGGACUUAUUUUGUUGCCAGUUUCAUUAAAACGUCUUUCGGAAAGACUAGUCAAUGAAGAGGAAAAGUACACUAUCACAAGUACAUGUUUACAAUUAAAAUGUAGAAUGUUCAAGGUUUGUGCCGGCAAUGUCCAAAUCUGUGUAGAGCUGGUUAUUUUUAUUUUCAUGAAUUUAGGUUUCAGGUCUACAAAAGACUGCGGCUCGCAAGCGGGAGUUAUAUUUAUAGUAAGCUGUGUAUUUUAAUUUUCUUCAUGAAGCUUGUGAACGUUUUGUCAACUUGUUCCUUUUUGGUUUGUGAGAUUUUUUGUGAUAUCUUUGACAGUAACAAGUUGAUAUAUAUCGCAAUUGGAGAAAUCUAUUUAAACAGAUGUUUCUACAGAAUUUAAGAUCAUUCUCUAUUCCAAAAUGAUAAAUAAAUUUGUACGAAGCACAA